AUGGCAAUGACUAACCAGCUCAUGGAAGUUAUCCAGGAAAUGCAGGCAGAGAUCAACAAACUGGAGACAGAGAAUCAUGCCCUCCGGAUGAAGCUGAGUGCAAGCAGUAAGAGACUUUCAGGUUCAGAGGGAGAUCCUGAAAGUGAAAAGGAAGAGGAAGCCACAAACUAUAGUAAACUAGAAAAUGUGCCUGAACAAUCUCCAGCAACCCAAACUGACAGUGUCUCCAGUGAUGAAGUGAUAGCUGUGCAGGAAUACCCAGACAAUGUCAUGAUUGUUAGACGCUAUUGUAUUUCCUCAUCAACUCAUUCAUUUGCCAAAAAUGAUCCCUGGGAAACUGUAAAAAGGUAUCUAAAGUAUGGAACUCUAGGAUCUCAAGGAACAGUGAAAUCCCUGGUAUGUUCUUCAAUUAAGAAACAAGAAAAAGAAGAAAAUAUGUUUGUAGCAGAUUAUUUAACUAGCCAAAGACCCUCAUCUGAGCACAGAGACAAGAUAAAAACUGUCAGUUUCCUGUUACCCCAGGAUACUCCUGCAUAUUCCAAAACUUCAGAUUCUUUGGAAUACUCACCAAAUCCAACCACAAAUCAGUUAAGCACCAUUACAGAAUAG